AUGGCUGCAGAAAGACUUAAUCAGGUCAGAGCGUCGAUAUUUCAAGCGUCUCAGUCUCUUCUUCAGACGCUUUCGACAUCUCUUGGGCCCAGGGGGCUAGACAAGAUGAUUGUGAAAGAUAAAAAGACUGUGGUAACUAACGAUGGAGCCACGAUCCUGAAGUAUCUGAACCAACAUCCGAUCCAUGGGAUUUUAUCAAACAUGUCUGCAGCGCAGGAUGAGGAGUGCGGGGAUGGGACGACCAGUGUUGUUGUUCUUGCAGGAUGCUUGCUGGAGAGUGUCAGCAAUCUUCUGGAAAGGAACGUCCACCCUUCUGUUAUAUGUGACAACCUAGAAAUUGCUAAGAGAAUCGGGCUCAAGUACAUCGACAAGGUAAAGAUCGAGUGUGACAGAAAGGAUUUCAUCAACAAUGUGUCGACGGCACUAUGUUCCAAAAUAGCGUCUUCGACGGGGGAGAUGGCAGUGGCAGCCAUCAAGGGGAUGGAGUAUGUUAAUGGAGACAAGAGCAAGAUCAGGAUUGUCAAGAAGGUUGGCGGAGGACUUGAAGAUGCCAGAGCAUACAAAAGUAUUCUGUUGGGAUGUGAUCUCAAAGACAUUCCAAAGAAAGCAAAGCUGGGAGUUGUCCAGUUCUGUUUAAGUGCUCCAAAGACAAACAUGGACAGUAAGAUCCUGAUCAACGACUCUGCACUUAUGGAAAAGCUGAUUCAAGAAGAGAGAAGGUAUAUUCUGGAGAUGUGCAAAAAGAUAAAGAAAAGCGGAUGCACUCUCCUGGUCAUUCAGAAGAGCAUACUGAGAGAAUCAUUAAGCGACCUUGCCAGCCACUUUCUAAAACAGUUAAACAUCUUGGUGGUAAACUCGGUGGAUAGGAAGGAUAUAGACUACAUCUGUAAUUCAGUGAAUGUGGAGCCGGUUUCGGAGAUAGACUUGCUGAGUCCUGGAUCGCUGGUGGACGUUGAAAUUGGAGAAGUGGAAGGAAUGCUGGAGAUCAAAGGGCACGGAUGUACAAUACUACUGAGGGGGUGCGAUGACACGGUGGUUGAGGAGGCAGAAAGGUCUCUGAAUGAUGCGUUAUGUGUUGUGAAAUGCCUUGAGGAACAGCCUUUUUUAGUUCCUGGAGGAGGUUCUAUCGAAAUGGGAAUCGCUCUGAUGCUUUCAGAAUGCACGGAGGGUAAUGUCUAUGUUCUGAGAGAGAUAGCAAAGGCAUUUGAAGGUGUUCCCUACUUCCUGGCAAGAAAUGCAGGGCUUUAUCCUGUAGAAAUAGUUUCUGAGCUAAGGAAAGAGCUAAAGCAGAACGAUUGUGUAGGGAUCAGCGUCAGAAGCGGACAUGCUGGAGACAUGGUAAAGGAAGACUCUGUGGUUCAGCCUGCAAAGGUAAGUAUUAGCGUCAUCACCCUGGCAAUAGAAGCAGUCUCUAUGAUUCUGAAGAUCGAUGACAUUCUCCCUGCAAGGAGAUAA